AGCCAGAGGAGCCGCUCUUGCCCUCUUCCCAAGUUCAGAAACCACAGCAUUUGGGAGGCUGUACACGACUCUGAACUACCCUACGCUUUCGAUUGCCACUUCGAUUGUGUUUUCCCAGACUGAACCCCCAUGUAUAUUCAAGAAGGACUGUCCAGUGUUUACCGAUUUCAACUUUGAAGGCGAUUCCUACUACGCUUUGAUUUUUAGAAAACGAGGUUGAAGGAUUUCUUGCUCUCGUCCUUUUUGUAAUUGCUGUAAAAACAGACGGAUCGAGACAGCCUAACCAAGAUGGACACGAGCUAUCUCCUCAACGAUGAGCUGAGAAUGCCAGAUAACGGAUCCACUCGGUAAGAACCUAAAUACCGCUUAGUCGAUCUAUUCCGCUAAACUCCCAAACGUCAUUCGCUGGAUUGUAUCAACCCCCGAAGGUUUUUCGAUGAUAGUUCAUCACACUCUACAAUGACAACCUUUUAAGAUAAACUUUUGACGAACUUCUCAACGACCAUGUCGGGAGUGGUCCGGUCUCUGAGCCGAUGUCUACUCCCGGCCGAAGCGAGCCGGGAGCCGGGUGGCGGCAAACAAAGUACCAGCGAGAGGGACGCGGCUCAGGAGCGGGAAGCACGGCGGAGGAGUAGGGAGAUAGACGCUAUGCUUGCCCGGGAGCGGAGGGCCGUUCGACGGCUAGUGAAGAUUCUCCUCCUCGGGGCAGGGGAGAGUGGAAAGUCAACGUUUCUCAAGCAGAUGCGCAUCAUCAACGGGAAAGAGUUUGACAAAAAAGCGCUCCUGGAUUUUCGGGACACUAUCUAUGAAAAUAUAAUAAAGGGCAUGCGUGUGCUGGUGGACGCCCGGGACAAGCUGGGCAUCGGCUGGCAGUGCGGGGAGAACGAGAAGCAGGGCAUGCUGGUGAUGUCGUGGGAGGGCCGCGGCGGGGCCCCGGGCGUGGACCCCGGGGAGUUCCAGCUCUACGUCCCGGCCCUGGGGGCCCUCUGGGCCGACGCCGGCAUCCAGGCCGCGUACUCGCGGCGGGCCGAGUUUCAGCUGAGCGAGUCGGUGAAGUACUUCCUGGAUAACCUAGACCGCAUCGGCCAACUGAGCUACAUUCCCAGCAAGCAGGACAUUCUGUUUGCCCGGAAGGCCACGAAGGGCAUCGUGGAGCACGACUUUGUGAUCAAGAAGAUUCCCUUCAAGAUGGUGGAUGUCGGAGGUCAGAGGUCACAGAGGCAGAAGUGGUUCCAGUGUUUCGACGGGAUCACGUCAAUCCUCUUCAUGGUGUCGUCCUCCGAGUACGAUCAGGUGUUAAUGGAGGACAGACGGACCAACCGCCUGGUGGAGAGCAUGAACAUCUUCGAGACCAUCGUCAACAACAAGCUCUUCCUCCACGUGUCUAUCAUCCUCUUCCUCAACAAGACGGACCUGCUGGUGGACAAGAUCCGCACCGUGGACAUCCGCAAGACCUUCCCCGAGUUCAGAGGAGACCCCCGCAGGCUGGAGGACGUGCAGGCGUUCUUGGUGACGUCGUUCAGCCGUAAGCGGAGGAACCGCGUGCGGCCGCUGUUCCACCACUUCACCACCGCCGUGGACACGGAGAACAUCCGCUUCGUGUUCCACGCCGUGAAGGACACCAUCCUGCAGGACAACCUCAAGGAUAUCAUGCUGCAGUAGUCUCACACACACACACACACACACACACACA